CUGCCAUCCUCUCUCUCCCCCCACCUGCUGUCCCCCUCCACUCUCCCCUCUUCCUCCGUUCGCCUCCCCUCUCGCGCGAGCGCCUUUCUUUCCCCGCGGCGACGACUGGGCGCGCGCCGCCGCCGCCCGGCGCCGGCGACGAGCACCCGCGCACGCGCCAGGUCCGAUACUGGCUCAGGCCCUGGUGCGAUACCCGAUACCUCCCUUUCUGUUUUAUUUUUCAAAUUUCAGUUCCUGGAUUGGAGCUGAGAGGGAAUUACCCAGAUAUGGCAAGGUUCUGCUGCUUCGGAGCUGGUCGCUCAGAGUUCACGGGGCAUGGGUCAACAGCAUCUGGUAAAGGGAAAGGCUGUCAAGGGCAAGUCACGGUCUGCUACGGCUAUAAUCUUGUAAGAGGGAUGACGAAUCAUCCGAUGGAGGACUAUCAUGUCGCCGAUCUUGCCCAUGUGAAAGGAAACGAGCUUGGUCUUUUUGCUAUUUUUGACGGCCAUCUAGGAGAUACCGUUCCUGCGUAUUUACAGAAGAAUUUGUUUUCAAAUAUUAUGAAAGAAGAAGAGUUUUGGACACAUACAGAUAGAGCGAUCACAAAAGCUUAUGAAAAAACAGACCAAGCUAUUUUGUCGCAUACUCCGGAUUUGGGACAAGGUGGCUCCACUGCUGUAACUGCCAUUCUUGUAAAUGGCAGGAAGUUAUGGGUAGCUAAUGUUGGGGAUUCAAGAGCUGUUCUUUUGAAAGGUGGUGAGCCCAUACAGAUGUCAGUAGACCAUGAUCCGAAUGUUGAGCGCAGCGUAAUUGAAAAUAGGGGUGGCUUUGUUUCAAACUUGCCAGGAGAUGUUCCUCGGGUAUGUGGUCAGUUGGCUGUCUCCAGAGCUUUUGGAGACAGGAAUCUAAAAUCACUAUUGAGAUCAGAGCCCGAUAUAAAAGUCGAAGACAUAGAUCACACUGCGGAGCUACUUGUCCUCGCGAGCGAUGGCCUUUGGAAGGUGAUGAACAAUCAGGAGGUUGUUGAUUUGGCCAAAAGGUACAAGGAUCCAUAUGCAGCUGCCAGGCAAUUAACCGCCGAAGCGCUAAAAAGAGAGAGUAAAGAUGACAUAUCAUGCAUUGUUGUUCGGUUCAAGGCGUAAAUGGAUCACAGGCGACUCACGGAGGAUUUCCAUGGAGAGAAGAAAACUAGUAAGUUAGGCUGCCUGACAACAAUAUUGGUAAUCAAAUGGAUGAAUAAUCACAGGGGGCGUUGGUUGUAAAUGAUUUGUUGGCUCCUUUGUAUAAAUAUGCUAGGAUUAUUUUGGUUUGGCGAUUUCGAAGGUAUAGGUGUGAGGGCCCGAGAGCUAUCUAAAUAUAGCUAUCAUCUGUAAAUAAUGGUUGCAGAGAGUGGAAGUUGACAGGUGCUCCACUGUGAAUUUGUGAGAGUAGGUUUAGCUGACAUUUCAUAGUUGCUAAAAGAAUCGCAAAGUUAUA